AUGUUGGUUCCGGUGACAAGCCUGUCUGAUGAUGAAGGCGAUCUCAUUACCCCUGCUCGUGUAGUUCCUUGGGUUCGUUCAGGGAGCGAGCUCAGUGGUGAGAAGCCAGAGCCUGUGGCAAAACGACAAAAACUCCAAAGGAAGGCCUUGUCGUUUGCAGAUGACCUCCUUGAACAUCUACUUGAGAAGACUCGUGCGAUUGUUCAGUCAAAGUGCCGGUGCUCACAGAGCAAAGUGCCUAGAAAUUGUUAUGUCCCCUUCAGGGAUUCAGAUCAAUUUCAGCGGCUUACUGCUCACAUCCGGCGACUGCGUGAAAUGGACAAGAUGGAGCUGGACAAAGAGGCAAGGAAGCAAACGCUUGCAGUGCGGCCUCAAGGUGAUGGCGAGCGGUCAGGCACAUUGAGCCUGCUAGGCUUUCCCGUGUGUCAGCAUGCUUACAAGAGGUUGAUGAGACUAGGUUCAGGACGCUUCAACCGGCUCAGCACGGCAGUGCAUGAAGGGGCUGAAGAUUGCCCACAUGAUUUGCGAUAUACAAGCAAGGCCUUCACAUCGUGCUCACACAAGCGAGAGCUGGUCCACGACUUUUUGUUUGAAUUGUACGAGACACUAGCUGAGCCCAUGCCCGAGAAUCGGCUGAUCAAGAAACGUGAUGACAAGGUAGUGGAAAGGGCCACUGGAAUGCAGGAGAAAGCGUUACCCCCAGGGACAUUCGCAGAGUAUUUGUCCAUGCUACGGCGCAAACACCCAGAUGAGAAAUUCUCAUACAAGAUCUUCACAGCCGUCGAUGUUUGGGAGCAGCACUUCGCUGAUGUUUUGAAGAUCCGGGGCAAGAAUCAGCACUCGAAAUGUUCUGUCUGUAUACGUUUCAAAUUGACAAUCCGGAGGCUUGCGAGGUGCUCUGCCGCUCGUUCUGAGCAAAUUCGGCUUUUAGACGCGCACAGGCAACAGCAGUACAUGGAUCGUGUUUGUUACUGGCACUCACGAUCGUUGGCAAGAUCGCUUGCUGGAUUGCCCGCUCCGAGCGCAAUCGUAUGUAUCUGCGACUCGAUGGACGCCGCCAAGUUUACUUGGCCUCGUGAUGAUGCGCUAAACGCCAAGGAAUUCUGCAAGUUCAUCAAGCCGAAACUCACGGCAACUGCCAUCAUUGCACACGGCCAUGAUGUCAUGUUGCACCUCUCAGUUCCGGGCGUUGCUUCCGACAGUUCGAGAACAAUUGAACUCUUAGGUCGGAUGCUGGAGCGAAUGCGAGAGAGAAGGAUCGACCUUAGAGGGUCUGAGUUGAUCCUCCAAGGGGACAACGGACCCAAAGAAAUCAAGAACAACGGCGUGAUCAGGUUCUUGGCCAAGCUCAUCUGUCAUGGAAAACUUCGUCGAGCUGAACUCAGAACAUUGCAGGUUGGUCACACACAUGAGGACAUCGAUGCUCUGUUUGGUAACUUGAGCAAGGUGCUGCAGCAAGGUCACUGCUUACACACCCCUCACGACUAUGUGAACGUUCUCUCAGCAUACCUGCAGCGUGAUGAUGUAAGACCGACUGAACCGCACUCCCAAGUGGCCAUGGUGGACCAAGUGAGGGACUGGUUGCUUGUUACUGAACACUGA